AGUGACAUUCGCAAGUGUAGCACUGUUUUUCAUCGCUUGAUUGCGCGUAGCACGAUAAUAUAGUAUUUAUAUUUUCUACAUUUUUCUGAAAAAUACAAAUAUUUAUUUGCUGUAAAAAUAUUAUUAAUUGUAAUUAACAUAAUAUGAGACAAUUGUGUAUUAAAUGGAGUUUGAAAUAUAUAAGCACAAAGUGAACAGAAGCCAAUGAAGUGAAGGCAUGGUCAAUGAAUUUUUCAGUGUUUUUUUCGUUUUGGUGUAUGUUGGUUUGUGUGAAUGUGUUUCUUGGAGCGGCAAACUAUAAAGGAAAUUGAUAAAUAAACAAAAAAGCCUGCUCAAGAAAAAAAUAUAAAAGAGAAUCAACCGAUCCCCGAAAUGGAAUUUAUUUACAGCACAUUUCAGUAAUUGGUUUUACGCGAAUUGCCAAGCUUAUCAAUCCGAUGCCACAAAAUAAAUGCCUAUAAUGCUUAACAAUAUGGAGUGGAUAUUUGUGCUGCUUUUGCUCUUCAGCUGCGACGCAGUGGUGCUCGAUUAUGCCGAUGGCAGUGGCGCUGUUACAGCUUCCAAUGCAAAUACUAUUAAUCACAUUAACAGUAAUGUUCCUCUAUUAUUAAGUAAUACUAGUUUUAAUGCAUAUCAUAAAGUAACAACGGAGUUCCCGAAAGUGGUGAAGGACUUCGUCACUGUGAAUAUCAAUGCGUUACCGGUGCCGAAGCUACCUUCCAGCAGUGUGGCACCACAAAAAGUGCCUUUGAGACACAAUGUAAGUGAGGAAGCUAAUGCCGGCGCUAUGAGCAGCAGUAUUGCGGUACCAUCCGCUUCUUCUUCGCCAUUCGCUCAAACUUCAGCCAGCGUGUUUUUCACAAACUAUCACAAUCAACAAAAUGUACUGGAACUGGUGCGCAAUAUUGAUGCGCGUUUGCGGAUUAUACGCAAUGUGGAAAUGCGUAUUGCGACCAUACAGGAGUUAUUUGAUUCGAUGCAUUUUAGUGGCAACAGCGCCGCACUCAAUCUUGGCGCACAGAAGAACAACAGUGACGCACAGUAUAGUUCGUUGUCGGCAACUCUAGAGCAUGACGUGCAGAUCUUCGGCAAGCGCCUCGCUAAGAAGCUGCAAAAGGCGACGCAUGUAGUGCUUGAACUGCGAGAUUUCUUUCGCACCAACAUUACGAAAGUGCUGCUGCAACAGCAUCUGCAAGCAGCUGAUUAUGGUAUUGAGGACGACGAUGCUGAUACUGAAGAUGAGGAUGUGGAAACGGAUGACGAUGACGAAGAAGGUGGCGCUGAGAGUGAAGAGGACGAAUUCGAUGUUGAAAUCGAUGAAUUAGAUGGUUUAAUAGACACAGGACGUGGCGUGCGUAAUCUGCGCUUGUAUCUGCACUCAUGCAUACAGUCUUUCCAAACUAAUGCCAACAAUAGACAAAUAAUUGGCGAAUCUAAUUACAACAAGCAACAAAUACAAAUCCUAAACUAUCUUAAGACUGAUGCAUUGACAACAUUAAACCAUAAAUCACAGUACUCUCAGCAGUUCGAGCAGAACAACUAUUACAUGGAUGAAGGUUCCUUUGAGGAGCGGGCCAAUGCGUACAUACUCGAGAAGCUGCAAAAUUUGAAGAAUGCUUUAAUGAAAAGUGAUUUUUCAAUUGAGCUAAAUAAAUUAUCGGCAAAUGUACGCAGCACGACCUCAACAACAACUACAACUAAUACGAAACUGAAAUUCCUAGGAAACCACUUUAAACACAUAUACUUCCUAUCACGCAGCGAUCACGCUGACGAUUUGCGCACACGCUACUACGAAGACAAUUAUUUUCAGCAAUUGUAUGUAUCGUCUAUAAAGAAUAAAUACAUUUUUCUGUUACUAGACAUUGGCUCAGCCAUGAAUAUGGAAUUGUUGGAACUUACAAAGGCAUUAGCCGCAAAUAUCUUACAACUCUUAUCGCCCAAUGACCUAAUCUCCAUAGCUACAGUUUCCGAUGAAGCACAUAUCAUGCAAUUCGAUACGUACCCCAACGAUGCUGCAACAGGUGUAUUCUACGCUACUCGCACACGAAAAGAGGAGAUUCUCAACUAUAUACACUCACUUGCGGUGACGAAAGGCCAAACCAACCAUUCUCUGGGCUUCGAGUAUGCCUUCCAAAUGAUAUAUCAGCUGCAGAACAUCAGUGUGAUUACCGAGCAAAAUCCUAUACAAUUCAUUUACGCGACACGUGGUCUACUCACUAAUCUCUCCGACACAAUGCAUGUGCUGCAAGUGAUUGCAAACGGCCAGCGUCAAUUGAUAGAUCCGAUUGUUAUACACACGUGCGCUGUGGUCACCGAUGAAAAGCGCAUCAUGUAUGAGAAGCAAUUUCUCACCGAUAUCGCAACACAAAACUACACCAAAUACAAAAUACCAGUGAGUGAUUGGGCGGAAAGUGAGAGUGAACUGCAAGAAUUGGUGGGGAAGUUCUUCGUGCUGACCAAAACGCAAACGGACGAACUAAUGCGGCUGUGCGUUGCGUUGUUUCAGCACAUAUUCAGAGAGCGUUAUCUGAGCCAGAGUCUGGAGGUGCAGCUGCCUGUGGUAGAACCUAAUAGCGGUGACGCCAUUGUAUCGGUCACACAUGCCGUGCCGCCCUUCGGUUUAGUCGGCGUUAAUCUUUACCUUACCGAUUUGAUAGAGGAUGUAAUCAGUUAUGGACAACCAACACAAAACGCCAAUAAAAAUGAGUACAGUUACGCCUUCCUCAUUGAUCGAAAUGGUAUAACCAUCGCUCAUCCGGCUUUUCCACGCCCCAUGGCCCAACAACAGACACCAUUUCCCGUGGAUAUUGCCUUUUUAGAGAACUCAACGGAUUUCGCGUACACGAGAAAACAAAUUCUACACGAAGAACGUGGAAAUCUGACGACGAACGUUUAUCUCACCAGAGAUCGUAAAAUCGAGUCCUUUGAACGUAUUUAUCAAUGGCAAUCCAUAUUGGGUAUCUACAUACUGUGCCUGGUGUCCACUUUUAAAUCCGAAACAAGUGCCAGCAACUCAUCCACACCCACUAAUACCGAGAAUAGCAUGCGAUCAGCAACAAUACAAGUGCCACCCGGUUUGCCACUAAACCUGCAGCGUUUCAGCAUAACCAAGGACAACACGGCACGCUUCCACAACAGUAAUUACGAUUAUUUUUCAAGCAUGGAAUUGCUUUAUCACCGUUUGGAUUUGGUGCCGCCCUCAAAUGGUCAGGCAUGUCGUUACUUCCGCCAAGUGGCAACUAUAGAUACACCCACACUCUUCUUGAGCGCCUCCGCUUUCAUGUCGCCUUUCACGUUUCUACACAACAAUCGUGUGAACUCACCACGUGCACAAAUACGAACUGUAGAGAGCAUAAUGGCUUACUUGAAGGACACCACUGGCCUGCUAGCGAAUCCGGGUCUGCGUCCACAAAUUCGUCAAGAAGUUAGUGCGCUCUAUAAUGCCAUGCAACAUUUGAAGAAGCGUCACCAAGACGCACGUGGCACGCUCAAGAACCACAUCAUACGUCGCUACAUAGCCAGUGUAAAUGGCGUGCUUCAAGUGUACCCGGGUUGUUUGCUCAGCACUAAUUACGAUCCAACGCGACGCCCGUGGUUCCGUAAGGCCUUACAACAACCUGGUAAGAUUAUUACAACCGAACCCUAUUUGGAUGCCGGCGGUGCGGGGUACAUCGUCACCAUUGCUCAUACUAUUUUCGAAGGCAAGUCCAAUGCUUUACACUCUGUCGAGCGCGAUGAACCGGUCGCUAUUGUGGCGCUCGACCUACCCUAUGCCUACUAUUACAAGAUGAUACUUGACUCCACACCGCUGUGUCAGUUGAAGAAUAUCAAAUGUCUGCUCUUCGAAAACGAAGGUUACCUCAUAGCGCAUCCGAGUAUGUUAGAAGCGAGCACACAGUUGCGCAAUCAACGCCGGCCACACGAGCACCUCACUCACAAGGAAUCCUAUUUGGCGAACGAUAUCCUCAAUCACAAAUCGCUCGUGCGUAAAUUGGCUUGUGCGAACUACCAAAAUCGCACGCUCCAACGGUACUAUGUCUUCAACACCUCGCUCAGUGAUAUACUCACGAAUGUGGUGCAUGGCGAACGCACAAAAUACGCCAUCGCACUGGUCUAUGGCAGCAACAUAUUCGCAGCAGUGCUCAACUCGACCUGCGACGGUGGCGCCUUCUGUCCCUGCAGCACAAUCGAUCGCAUUUGUUUGAAUUGCAAUCGUAUGGAUCAGAUGGACUGCGAAUGCCCGUGUGAAUGCCCCAUGGAAAUGGAGGUUUUCAAUGGCGCUGUUGGCGCAAAGCAUACGGACACGUCGGAGUCAUCUAUCGAACGCUUUCUCAAUUACACACAACAGUUUUCGUAUUGCGAGCCGCCCAGCGAACAUUUCAUUGCAUUGCCGCCGGUCAGCAUAGAAUAUCAGUCGCUGCAUUCUUGCGUUAGCAUCAACUGUGAUGUGUAUGGAACGCAAAGUGAGUGUCUCGGUGUGAUGGGUUGCGAGUGGUGUCAGCAAGACCUGGAUGGAAAUGGCUUUACUGCUUCCUUCUGCGCGGCGCAGGCAUCUUGCUUCAAUGGUGUGCUUUCCUCCCUCACACCGUACGGUGAUUUGGACGAUGUGGACAUAAUCGCCGCGCACAGCUACAAUCCGGGACAAAAACCGAGCUCCUACUCCGCCUUCGGACCGGUGGGUGGUGCUAUUAUUGUGUUGGCCAUCGUUAUUGGUUUCGCCAUAUAUUGCUAUCGUCACAACAUGGACACACAAUCGCAAGAUCAAUUCUAUGUGGACUCCAUGCAAGAAGAGAAUUAUGGACUACCACUAUCACGCUUCAAUUUCGACGAUUGCCAAGCGCACGAUGAACCACCCGGCGGCAAUGGUGGCUACGAUCAUCCAUCCGCACAGCGCAAUCUCAUACAUCCCGCCGAUAUAUCACCCUAUCACAUGUCCACGGGCAGCAGCUACCGACGCCCGCCGAAUGGUGAGUCCGAUCAUGGUUACUCUACAAUGACGCCACACGAAGACUCUUCCGAUCAUCAAUGCUUCGCUUUGGCCGAACCGCUGCUGCUGCAUGACAAGCGCCACAGCAAAUCCGACACCAUGUCCAUAUCCACCUCCAUAUCGAGUCCAACCAAUCGCCAUCAUCAACCACACUAUCAAAAUCCAUAUCUGAACCAUCCAGCGCCGGCGCCCACACAAGCGAAAGAUAUGUUGCCGACGCGCUAUCAAAUCAACUCGCCGAAGAAGUACAAACAGGCGGUGACACCGACGCGUCACAUAGGUGACAGUGGUCCGGUUUAUGGACAGACAACACUGCCGUUAAACGACUCGACCGAAGACUGUAUGGCUGCGCCGCGUUACAUUCUAGCGCCGGUAACGGUACAUCGGCAUAUGGAGCCGACGGAAACGUAGUUACUAUGGUUGAGCGACCCAUCAAAUAUGGAAAUCAAACACAUAUUGUCUGCAUAAGUUGAAAGUAUUAAUCCCGCAUUUGUUUGCUUAACCUCAAUGUCGGGUUUUAAGAACAAUAAGUUAAAAUUAAAAUGAAAAAAGUUAUUUAAAAGCUACCGCAAACAGUACUUCCAAGCGCCCACGUGUUGAGCAAAUAUGCAAAAUAUUUUUUUUAUAUAUUAAAUAACGGUUUUAUGCGUACGCUUAUUUGCCAAUUUUUAAAAGCAUGCAUAACUGUAGUUUAGCUAGGUAUUGUUGCUCUUGUUGCAGCUUUUUAUAUUAUUUUUUUUGAAUAGCGUUAAGUUUGCAUUUUAAGCUAUCGAUUACUGUAUAUAUUUAAGCUAUCAUAUUACACACACACACACACACCAAUACAUAUACAUAUAUAUAUAUAAAUGUUGCAUUUAAAUCUAUGCUGUUACGCGUUACCUACGAAACACACAUCACAUACCGUCUCUACCUGUAAAAACAAAAACAACAAAUUAUUUAAAUUACUUGAUUAUAGUAAUUGCCAAUGCCAAUUCAUGUGAAAGUGAAAUUGAAAUUGCACACGCGCUCUCUUUAUUAUUUUAAUUAUUUCUAACACAUGUUGCACGUACACAAUAACAACAACACGACUGCGCAGUUGAUAAUGUUUUCCAUUCUUAUUAAGCAACACACUAACUAACGGUAUUCGUCUUAAAUUAGUAUUACACACAACCAUC